CAGGCCGGCUCGGACGCGGAGCUCCUGGCGGGGGAGCUGCGCGCCGCCCGGGAGUUGGGGCUCACGGGGCUCGAGGAGGCAGAGGAGCGGCUGAGGCAGCUGGAGGAGGCCGCCGAGCGGGCCGCGGCGGCCGCCGAGGCCGAGGCGCGGCUCCAGGAGCUGCUGUCGGGCGGCGAGGAGCCCUCGCAGAGCUCGGUGCGAGACGCGGCCGCGAGCCUCGCGCCCACCAGCGCGCUGCGCGCGCUGGCGGACGCCACGUGCGAGGCGAUGGACGCCCGCUGCGAAGUCGCCGCGUCGGCGGCGGAGGCCGCAGGGGCCGCAGGCGCCGCCGGCGCGGGCGGCUCCCGCCUGCAGGCGGCCCUGGCCGAGGCCAGCAGCGCCUCCGCGCGGCUGGCCGAGGCGCUCCAGUGCGCAGGCGCCCAAGGGGGCGCGGCCGCGGAGGGCGUGGCCGACUCGCUGCGAGAGGCUCGCGCCCACGGGGAAGCCACCCUGGCGGGCGCCGUGGCCGACCGCGCGCUGGCCGAAGCCCUCGCGGGCCCGCCGUGGGGCCAGGGAGCCGACGCGCUCCUGGAGGCGACGAAUGAGGACUUGCAGGCGCUGCAGGACAUCGCCGGCUUCGCGACCAGCGAGGGCCGCGCCCGCAUAGCCCCUGCCCUCGACGCUGCCCUGGAGGCUGGCGACUGCGUCGUGGGCCUGAGAGAGGCCAUGCAGGGCUCCGAUCGGGCGUCCCUGGAGGACCGCGUCGCCCAGGCGGAGCGGCUCGGACUCCUGGCCGGCGGCUGCCACCGGGACCUGGUGGAGGAGCGCCUGGCGGAGCUGCGGGGGCCCGCCGAGGCGGCGGCCCCGGGCGCCGCAGCGCCGCCGCCGCGGCAGGGAGGUGCAGUCUCUGGGACCAGCACCGACCUGUCUGCGGAGCGCAAGUGGGGCGAAUUCGUGGACGACAACUCCAACCUCAUCUUCAUCGACCUGGAGCUCACCUCUGGAUUCUACGAGUUUGACCGCAGGCCCAAAAUCCUGGAAGCCGCCGUGCUAAUAACGGACCAGGACCUCCAGGAGUUGGGCCGCGGUUGUUGGGUCGUGGGUGGCUUCACUAAAGAGGAGCUCAUGAGUCUGGGUGAGUUCCACCAGGCGCACUUCCGAGACAAGCUGCCUGGCGGUCCGUUCCCCAGGCUCUCGGGCAACCACUCUGGAGGAAAUGGACUUUUCGCGGACGUGCUCAACUCUAGUACAACCCUGAGAGAGGUCGAGGAAGCCGCGUUGAAUUUGAUCCGCAAGCAUUGCCCCAAAGGCGCCUGCCCACUGGUGGGUUAUUCGGUGCAAUGCGACAGGGAGGUGCUGAAAGCGGAAAUGCCGCAGGUAUAUCAGCAUCUCAGCCAUAGGAUUGUUGACGUAUCUUCAUUCUUCCACAUGGCGAGGCACUGGGUCCCAGAGAGGAUGCGGCAGUGGGAGGGCAGGGUGAGCCGAUACAACCAUCGAGCCCUGAACGACGUCGAGGAUUCGGUGGAGGCCUUGCGCUUCGUCCGCCAACACCUCUUCCAGAAGGGGGCGCGUGGGCGGGGCUUCGGUGGAUCCCACUCCGCAGGCGCGGCUUUGGGCACGCCUGUGCGCGCGGAGGUGGCGCAGGGAACUUAGUUUGCGGCGGUCGACAAAAAGUGCACGUGCGCGCGAGCAUGCGAGCUGGCGCACCAUGGUGCUAACGGUUCAGUGCAUGGUGCCUGGCCGCUCAGCAGCAAGGUCGCAGCAAAGUGGUCAUUUGCGCAUGGAUGAUGCUCGAAUGUUCAGUUAGUCCUCGCUGAAACAACCCUCCCAGGCUCUUCCUGAUGCGCUUCCGUUUGAAUUCCCCAGUGGUUUCGCAACGACAGAAAACGAAGCUGGCUUCCUCGCAUCGAUACAUUCGGGAGACCCGCGUAUCCAGAGGCAUUGUUCCACCCAGCGUCUUCAAC